AUGUUCAAAAUAACUGAUAGGCGCAAGGACCCAAAAAAUCCAGUUUUUGUUUGAUGGAAUGAAAAAUACAUAAUUCGAUUUAAUGUGCUUUGUUAAAAAUAUUUUACACUUCAAAUUGAAAAAAUAAGAAUUCCCAUACUAAACACACAAUGAAGACAAUCGCACGCACGCCAUUGCGUCCACCGAAAACGCCACGCUGUCAAACCCAUCAUAAUGAGCGUAAAUCUGAUCAUGAUCCCAAUAAGCCUCGCGAUCCUGUGCAUGUUUAUUGUCGCGUACGACCAUUGCAGUCGGAUGCGGACUUGUCCUCUGUAAGAGUAAAAAACUCAACCACCGUGGUCUUGACACCACCAGAUCAAGCCUUGCAACAUAAACAGGGAGCACAGCGUGAAAUGCAAUAUAUUUUCAAACAUGUAUUUGAACCACACGUCUCACAAGCUGAUGUAUUUGGUGCUGUGGCACAACCAUUGGUAGAGAAUCUAAUACGAGGACGUAAUAGUCUUCUAUUUACUUAUGGUGUCACUGGCAGCGGUAAGACAUACACAAUGACAGGAGAUUCCCGUCAUCGCGGUGUUAUGCCCCGUUGUUUGGAUGCAUUAUUCAAAACAAUAUCAGACUAUCAAGCGAAGAAAUAUAUUUUCAAACCCGACAAAUUAAACGGAUUUGAAAUAUUGUCUGAAGCAGAUGCUUUACUUGAACGACAAGCAGAAAUGAAUAGACGUUUUGCAGCCGGUGAACGCAGCGCACUAAGGCGUAAAGAUUCUGAUCCUGAGAUUGCUUCACAAGCUUCAUGUGAUGCAGCACCUUUACAUGGGCUGGAAGAAGAUAAUAUGUUUGCGGUCUUUGUUACUUACAUCGAGAUUUACAAUAAUAGUGUCUAUGACCUGCUGGAAGAAGAUGCACCUCAGAAAACUUUGCAAAGCAAAAUUAUUCGUUCAGAUGCCAAUCACAAUAUGUUCGUACAUGGUGUGACUGAAAUAGAAAUAAAAUCAGUGGAAGAAGCUAUUGAGGCUUUUCAAUUCGGUCAAAAGCGUAAACGUAUGGGACACACAGUGUUAAACGCGGAAUCAAGUCGUAGUCAUUCUGUAUUUAAUAUACGUUUGGUGCAAGCACCGACUGAUUGCCAAGGGGAGCAUGUUGUGCAAGAUAAACGCACUAUUGUGGUCAGUCAGCUAUCACUAGUUGAUUUGGCGGGUAGCGAACGUUCAUCACGUACAAAAAAUACGGGAAUGCGUUUGCGCGAAGCUUCGAGUAUUAACAAUUCGUUAAUGACACUACGCACAUGUCUGGAAUAUCUACGCGAAAAUCAACAGGCGCCUACAAAUAGUGCACCAAAAAAGAUACCCUAUCGCGACUCUAAGCUUACACAUAUGUUCAAGAACUACUUCGAUGGUGAGGGACAAGUGUCAAUGAUUGUGUGUAUCAAUCCACGCGCAGAGGAUUAUGACGAAAAUACGCAAGUAAUGAAGUUCGCCGAAAUGACUCAAGAGGUGCAGAUUGCGCGCGCCACACCUAUAAAACCGGAUCUUGGCUUAACUCCCGGACGUCGAAAGGCCAACAAGCUCUUCAAGAUAGCGGUGAACAAUCUCAAUGACUUGGGACACACCGAAGCCAACAAACUGGAUGUGGAUAUUGGUUUGGUGUACUCACUGGGACCCGGUUUUCCGGAUUACAAGAUUGAUAGUCCUGAAGCUCAGACUGCCAUACAAGAGUUGAUGCAGUACUUAAUGCAACGCAUAGAAAAACGAAAAAUACUGUGCGCUGAUCUAGAGACCCGUUGUGAUAAUUUCAGAGCGCAUCUGAUGCAAAUGGAAAGAGAGAACUUACAGUUACGCACGGAAUUGGCAUCAUUGAAGACCGUUUAUAAACAAGAACGAGAACGCAUGAUAGCCAUGGAGAAUAAAUUACGCGUACAUGAAAGCUCAAUUGAUGAACUUAACAACAAAUUGGGCAAUCGCGAGAGACAGAUCGAUGAACUCACACGAAAAUUAAGAGAUCAACAAAAUCUGAUCAAUCAAAAAGAGCAAGAAAAAGAGAAGCAAAAGAAGAAAUUCACUUCUAAACUAGCGGUGGAGGUGGAUAAAAAAGAUCGUGAACUGGAGAUUAGAUUACGCGAGCAGCGCGACAAAAUGCGCGAAAAGAUGCGCGUACGCGAUGAAAAACUACGUCUCGUUUCCAAUAUUAUACAAUCGGAGGAUAUACCCAGUCUGGUGCGUCGAAAUAGUAACGAUGAUAUUUUGGACAAUAAAUUGGCGAUUUCCGAGCCGCCAUCAGCUACGCGUGCCGAAUCUACACAAAUAAAUAGCGCGCGAACAGAACUGUAUGGCACGCCGCGUCAUGUGAGGGGCAUGGCCGCAGCUAACAAUAGACAUCGUCGCUCACGUUCUGCCGGCGAAAAGUGGAUCGAGCAUCGUGCACCCAAUCCAGUGCCACUCGGUACCAUUCUACAACCAUAUCUGAAGAAUCGUAAAUCUGUAACCAAACUCACCGACGCCAAAGAGUUGACGAAUCACAAGAACACCAAGUACUGUUUGGUUUCACAAGAGGCCGACACCGAUGGGGAUGUCGAAACAAAGCUCUACAAAGGUAAUGUCAUACCAACGUGUGGCGGUGGAGCGCAAGUGGUUUUCGAUGACGUAGAAUGUUUGAAGCAAAAAUCGCCAGUGCCAUCGCCAAAUCGCAAGCGUCCAAGUAACAGCGGCGGUGCAACGCUUAGUGGUUUGGGUGUUGGCACCUCUUCGGCAAUGUCGGCAGCGGCAUUCAGUGGCGGCACCAAUGCGGCGCAAGAGUUAAUGUCGCGUUGUAGCGUUGGCAUCGAGGGGCACAAUAAUAAACGCACCAAAGUGUAGACAAACAGUUUAACCGUCCUUUGAUAACUACAAUAAUAAUGAUGACGAUAAACCAUCACGAUGUAUUAAAUUUAUUUUUUAAUUUUAAUUUUUAACAGUUACCACAGUGCAUAGUUUAAUCCCCCCAUAUAUUUGCAGAGAUAUUAUUUAGUUUCAAUAUAUUGUGGUAUUAAUUAUUCUAAUCGUUGUUUACUUAAUUAAUCGUAACUAAAACUGGCUGAACGGUAUUUAAUUGUAUUUUUUUUUGUUAUUACAUUUACCUUUGAACUUUGUAUUAUCACACGGUAUUAUACAUACUUACAUAUUACUUGUAACUCAAUAUAUACUCGUAAAACCAAUGUAUUUGCAGGCUUUUAAGCUUUUAAACUGCAAGCAACGAAGUAUUUUGAAAUAGAAAAUAAA